AUGGCGGAUCGUUUGGCCUGGACAGAUGGACAAUUGCAUAUGGGUGAAACGAUCAUAACAACACAAACUGGAGUUUCAAUCUAUGAUGGAUCGGAUAAAACGGAUUAUCAAAAAGGAUUCAUUACAUUGACUACUAAUCGAAUCAUAUGGAAGGAUAAUUCAGCACAGAUGGAAUUACCACUUUCAGUGAUUAUAUUCAGUGAAAAGAAAGAUGCGUCAUUUACUUCAAAAGCUCGCCUUAUCUGCGCAGUGUCGCGAGGUCAAGAAUCGAAACGACCAGGCCCAUUUGCAAGUAGUCGUCAUGAUGAAAUACAGUUUGAAUUUCGCGACGGUGGCUGUAACGAUUUUUUACGGUUAAUUCAAGAAGAACUAGUUAAAAAACGUUGGUUAUUACAAGCAAUAAAACCAACAGCAGCAACAACUACUACCAGUGAUCGCACACAUCGAGCAGGUAUAUCGGGUAUUGAAAGUCAUAUACAACAUCAAUUGAAUACUCAACAACAGUCGAUUAGUAGUGCUUUUCAAGAUUUGAAUAAACUUAUGCAGCAGGCGAAAGAGAUGGUCACCAUAUCGAAAACAAUUACCAACAAAAUUCAAGAAAAGCGAAGUGAUCUAACUAGUGAUGAAACGAUACGUUUUCGAUCGUAUCUACUCAGUCUCGGUAUUGACAAUCCAGUGACAAAAGAAUCCGCUGGCAGUCAAUAUCAUGUAUCUUUAGCAAGAGAAUUAGCAUCUGUUUUAGAAAAAGCAUUAAAAGAUACCAAUGGUAUAAUGACAUUGAGUGAUGCAUUUUGUCGAAUUAAUCGAGCUCGGGGCUAUGAAUUGAUUUCACCAGACGAUUUACUCAAUGCAGCUGUCCAUAUGGAAGAAUUAGACUUACCUGUUCGAUUACGUGUUCUAAGUUCGGGUAUAAAAAGUUUCGAAUUAACAAAUCGAAAUGAGAAGAAAGAUUUACAGGAAAUUACGGAACUUGUGAAAACAAUGAAAUCAAUGAGUGCUGAUCAACUAGCUAAUACUCUAGGCAUUCCGGUGAUUGUUGCUCGUGAAAGAUUAACUACUGCGGAAGCUAAUGGAUCACUUUGUCGUGAUGAUUCUAUUGAAGGACUUCGAUUUUAUCCGAACCUUUUUUGA